GACAAAUGUUACUAGAAGUAGGCCUAUUUAUUUGUUUAGUAGUUAGAGAACUAGAUUUAAUUUUACUGAUCUAGAGACUAGGUGUUCUAGUUCUAGUGGAUAGAACCUUACUCACCUAAAAGAAUGAAUAUUGAAGACUCAACUUUUUCAUCUUGCGCAUAUUGCUGGAAAGCUGAGAAAUGUUGGGAUAAAAUUGUAUCCUUCAAAUGUGAUGGCUGUGGGAAAAAAGUCCAUUCAGGGUGUAUAAAAAGUUUGUUGCCAUCACCUCUACUUGAUGAUACAUUUUUCAAAUUUAAAUGUGACUCUUGUGGUGAAAAUGGUCAAGAGGAGUUUCAGCGCUGUAAUAUUUCUUGGCACAAUGUUGUUAUGCUUGCUUUGUACAAUCUUCAUAAAAUGGGUCAAGGGAAAUGUGGAUAUUUUCACUGGAAGGGACACAUCUGUGCUUUUAUUGAAGCCAAUUGGACCACAUUUUUUGGACAUCAGAGGAAGAAAACGACAUUGUGGAUGGGUACAGUUGCUGGAACUCUCUCCUUAGGUUGUCCAGAUUAUUUUAUUUCUGGUACCAAAGUUGUUGAACAAGGCUACUGGAGAUUGGCAGUCAUUGAGCCACCAUUAUGUUACACAGAAAUAAAAAAAAGUAAGCAGAAAAAGAAGCCAACUACACAAUCAGAGAUACCAAUAAACCUUUACCCAGAGGAUAGAAAGUGUAGAAAGGUCAAAGAAAAUUCUCUGGUUGCUGCAAUACAGUUGAAGGAGAAAAGAUCUUCUUUGCUAGAGAACAAGGCUAUAAAAAAGCAGAAGAUGGAGGAAUUCACUAAUCUGCGUGAUUCAGCAUCAUGCUCUAAAAAAAAAAUGAACAGAAAACAGAAAACUUUAGAGCUAGAGCCUAGCAGCAGCGUGUUUACUCCAAUAGACUUGCCAAGUGAUAUUUCCUUACUCUCAGACCAGGACAGCUGCAGCAGGAGCUCCUCAGAGCUGUCGUUAUCAACAGCAUCAUCUUUCACAAGCUCAGCUAGAGACUUGCCUCCUGUCAAGUGGGAAAAUGGCAUUUUUGAUGAUGAUCUGAACACACUGCAAGUAGAGAUUGGUGAGGAUGAAGAGAUGGAUGUAGACAUUGGUUCCAUGGUAACAAUCACUGAAGACACACCAGACUUGCGUCCUUCCACCCCUGAUUUGGAUGAUAUAUUCAACAUGAACAAUGGGAAAUCACCAGUUAAAGUUAAGGAGGAACCAAAAACAGACUCAGACUCGGAUGGAUCUAGUGAAAACUCUGAAGAAGAUGAAGAUGAUGAUGGGGAGAGAGAAUCAGGAGAUGAAACAGAUCUCAUUACAAGAAUCAAGCAAGAGAACCUGACUGAUGAGCAUAGUUUGAAAAGAAGAAAAGGACGACCUAGGAAAAGGAGAAGAUUAGAUGAUGCCCAACCUCCUAGUCCACAACCGAGAUUGAAAAGAAUAAGUGUAUUUGAGGAAGUCGAGCUUCUACAAACAUUAAAUGAUUUAUCAGCCAUGAGAAGUUUAGAUCCAGAACUUGCACAGUUUAGGCGGAAAUUAAUCUGUAAUCAGACCAACCGUGAAUUUGGCCUGCCAAUUUUUGAUCUUGAAAUACAAAUGGAUCGCCUCUCUAAAAUUGAAAGUACUUCAUUUAACUCUGGAUCUGGCAAUAAACCAUUUUUUCCACACAUCCCUUCAAAAGUAUCUCAGACAAAAGAAACAAGAGAUUUAGAUAGAUUCAUGAUUCAUGGUUCAAUAAAGAAAACAGAAUCUCGCAACUAUACCAGUUUUCAUCAAAGGAUUGUAGGGCUUGCAGACUAUGAACUAAAGCCUUUAGUCAGUCCCUACACCACAAGAGUUCUUUUACCUUUCAUUUGGAGAAAUUACAACCCUAAAAAGAAGCCACUGAAGAUGAAGUUGCUUGAGGAGAUUCAGGCUUAUCCUCACAGGAAGAAUCCAUCAUGGGCACCACCAAGUACACCCCCACUAGAUUAUUGUUACGUGAGACUAGAACACAUACCAUCUGUCAAUGCACUUUGCAGAGAGUUUUUUUGGCCUGGGAUAGACAUGUCUGAAUGCCUUCAAUAUCCAGAUUUCAGUUGUGUAGUUUUAUAUAGAAAAAUUGUAAUAGCAUUUGCCUUUAUGGUCCCUGAUCGAGGAUAUAACGAAGCUUACAUCUCUUUCAUCUUUACUCACCCAGAAUGGAGAGGAGCUGGUAUAGCUACUUUCAUGUUGUAUCACCUCAUACAGACUUGUAUGGGUAAAGAUGUAUUGCUGCAUGUGUCAGCCACCAACACAGCAAUGCUGCUGUAUCAGAGAUUUGGCUUCAAAUGUCAGGAGUUUAUUCUCAACUUCUACCACAAGUAUUUUCCAGUAGAUGCCAAAGAUUCAAAACAUGCUUUUCUUAUGAGACUAAGUAGAUGACCUGUAAAUAAAUUUCAGAUAACCAAUCUUAUGUUUUUGUAUUUCCCAUUAAACAAAAAACAAA